AUGCGAAUGGUGAACGUUCAGACCGAUUGUGAACUUACCGGUAUUUAUACUCUUGCAGAAGGGUCAUCGAAUCCAAUGCUCGUCUUUCUACUGUGGCUACUUAUUUCACUCUCAGGUAUCCAAACUCAGUCUUCAAAACCUACCACUCCUGAGCCUCUCGCUGCACACACUCCCACGGUUACCCGCCCUAAGGAGCAACUAUCGGGCUACUACUAUGACCAAGGAGCAGACUUGCCUCAGUGCAACCCUGCUCCGUCGCAGUGCAUAUGCCCUCCACUAGACCAUCCACCUAUGGCGUCGUCUGCUCCACUUCAUUCAGGAACCUCCGUUACAGUUCGAGACACCACUUCUGAUAUCUCGGUUACACUAACAUCCACUCGAUCCAGCACUUUACCAUCGUCGCCGUCUACAUCCACUCAUUAUGUGUCCGCCACAUCGGAGCAAGCAUCAACACCUACACGAAACGAUUCUCCAUCACCACCCGCCUUUGUGACUGCAACCACCGGGCGGGUCACUUCUGCGGAGCCAUCAUCAUCACUCUCUCAAAGAAGCAUCCUAUCGCCAACCGCCUCUCCACCUGCAUUUACCCGAGAUGUGCCUUCCGCAGCGUCUCCAUCACCAACACCGACUCGAUACAAUACUGCAACACCAACUGUUCCUGCACAAACAUCCACCCGGAAUGCUUCUACUGCAAAGAAUUUAACUUCAACAUCCACACGAUACAAUCCUACGACGUCACCCAUCCGUUCACCCACAUCCACCCAAUAUGUUUCUCCUGCAACGCGUCCAACAGCAACACCUUCUGGGUCCAAUCCCGUAACGCCAACUAUCCCAUCUUACCAAUCAACUCAAAGGCUCCCAACCCAGACAGUCCUCAAUCCGUACAGUCCUACAUCGCCUACUGUCUCUUCACACACAUCAAGUCAGCAUGUACUUUCUGUGACGCCUUCAACACCACCACCCACUCAAUACAGUUCUUUAACCCCAUCGAUCCAUUCAAGCACAUCCACCCCGUAUGUAUCUUCUGCAACGGCUCCACCAUCUAUACAUCGUUACAAUCGCUAUGCUAUUCCGACAACGACCUCUCCGUCCGGUUCUUCUUCAUCAAAACCAAUAUCCAUUACCAACAGUCUUUUCGCAUUAUCGCGGACAUCUCCAACUGUUAGCGUUUCUUCAACGUCUUCAACCCUAGCUUCAUACCGCCUUUCCACAAAUAUGGAUCAAGAUGCGAAGACGAAGCAUGGCUUUUCAUCAUUGUCUACACCACCCUCACCAUGCAGUCUUCCCGCAGUUAUGCCAACUCAGUCAGCAGAAUACCCUCCUUCACCGAAAGCAGCGAAACCAACGCCUGUACGGCGUGUUCCUCUUGCUGUACCGACACCGGCUUCUUCGGAGCUUUACGCAGCGAUGAGUGCUGAAGUGCAGGCAUUAUUCAUUCCCUUAUUCCAGACUUCAUCUAAGAAGAAGCCUUACUCGACAUUUCAGACUUCAAUCGCGAACUGCUCCUCGAUGUUAAUGUCUCUGGCUGCUCAUGAAAGAGACCCGAUCAUCUCAAAGUUACUACGAGAAAUUUCUACUGCUCUGCAGUCAUGUCAAAAACUCACCUACGCCCAAUCAACAUUAAUUUCACUCACACCUGCUAUCAGAAGAAUGGAAGCGGUGAAUAGUGGACUAUUAGGACCAUAUCAGCCUCCAACGGGAAACUCACCGCCUACGCCACCAUCAUUACCGCCCCGAUACAGCCCUUCUUCUCCUCCACCAUCACUACCGCCCCGGUAUAGCCCUCCUUCUCCUCCUUCGCCACCUCCAGGACCUGGCUACCCUCCAGGAUCCACCCCACCAACCGUAUCUACUCCACCUACACUCCCCACCGGCGGACCAGGGGCGCCACCAUCGUAUGACUACUACAACUACGGCGAAACCCAGCCAACAACAUGUAAUCCUAUUCCGAUGCCAUGCGUUUGCCCUUCAUCAAACCAACCUCCAUCAUCGCUUCCAACUGCUCCCUCUUAUUCGCCUCCAGGAACGCGUUCCACUCCUCCGACUCCUCCCGUAACACAACCGUCAACUCCGCCUACUCGAUACAGCCCUCCAGGGACACCCUCGGUUUCAUCGACUCAAUAUGUGCCUUCAUCUUCUCCAGGAGCAGUUACCACGCAACCCGACCUACCUCCAAGCGUUCCUGAUCUGCCCACCAAUGAGGAUGUGCAGAAUGCAAUCGACACUUGUGCAGCUACAUUGGACAGUAUGGUAAACGACAGCCGCAACAGAAAGAAUACUCAGCUGUUCAGGAAAGCAGCUAAAGCCCUACGAUCUCUCAGUCGGGGUAAUUUCCAAAGGGCUGGAUUGAGGCAGCUGUCGGCCAAUGUUCAACGCCUUAAUCGUGCCAGUGCACGUUAUCGAAGCAACUGCCAGCGAAAAUCUUCUGAGAUUCGAAACUAUGACCAGCUGGAUGAUAUCUUUGAUGACGAUGGUAGCAAUGAAGAUGAUGACGGAAGUGGGUCAGGGAACAGGCGUGUCGCUAAAGCGAAACGCAUCAUGGACGCUGCAGCUCAAUGCAUUGAGGAUUACUGUGGAUCUUAG